CUUGGAAGAAGUGCGGUUAGGUUUGGUUUUGAUUACCCUUAACUAAAGAAUUAGUAAAUGGUUUGUGAUUUGACUAAAAUAAGAAAAUAAACUUAGUGGAGAAACAUGGCUUCAUUUUAUAUACCGGUUUCUCAUUAUAAUUAAGUAUUAAGAGACUAAAAAUGUAAGAACUUGACCAUUGUGAUGGGAGACCUAAACGCCAACGUUGGAAUGGUCAAUACCGGAUAUGAAGACGUCAUGGGACGACAUGGACUGGGAGAAAGAAACAAAAAUGUUGAGAGUUUGCAUAUCUGUCCCUUCAAUAAACUAGUCAUAGGCAGCACUAUAUUCCCUCAGAAACGCAUAUACAAAAGCACGUGGGCUUCACUUGAUCACACUAUGCAGAACUUAAUCGACCAUAUCUGCAUCAACAAAAUGUUCAGGAGGACAAUGGAGGAUGUGGGAACCGAAAGAGGGGCUGAUAUAGCAUCAGAUCAUCACUUGCUGGUCGCCAAGAUGAAAUUGAAACUCAAGAAGUACUGGACAACGGGGCGGACAGCAUCACAAAAGUUUAAUACGGCUUUUCUUCGAGACACUGACAAAUUCAAGAUAAUCCUCAGCAAUAAGUUCCAGGCCUUUCAUGAUCCACUCAAUGGAGAAGGAACUACUAUGGAGAGCAAGUGGAAGAGGAUCAAAGAGGCAAUCACUUCAACAUAUCAUGAGGUCCUGGGUCACAAGAAGCACCAUCACAAGGAAUGGAUCACUGUUGAUACAUUGGAUAAGAUUCAAGAAAGGAGGAACAAGAAAGCAGCAAUCAAUACCAGUCGAACAAGAGCAGAGAAGGCCAACGCACAAGCUGAAUACACAGAAGUAAACAAGCAAGUGAAAAGGAGCAUCAGAACCGACAAACGUAAAUAUGUGGAAGGUUUAGCUGAGACAGCAGAAAAGGCUGCAAGAGAAGGAAACAUGAGACAACUGUAUGACACAACAAAGAAACUCGUUGGAAAUUAUCGUAAGCCAGAACGACCAGUGAAAAGCAAGGAGGGCAAAGUAAUCACCAACAUCGAAGAGCAACGAAACAGGUGGGUAGAACAAUUCAAAGAACUCUUGAAUCGACCAGCUCCACUGAACCCACACAACAUCGAAGUAGCAGCCACAGAUCCCUUAAUCGAUGUUGACCCACCAACAAUUAGAAAGAUCAGCAUGGCCAUCAGACAAAUCAAGAGUGGCAAAGCAGCAGGGGCAGACAACAUUACAAUAGAGGCACUGAAAGCAGAUGUGGCAGUAACUGCAACGAUACUCCACACUCUCUCCAGCAAGAUUUGGGAUGAAGAACAAGUACCAACAGACUGGAAAAAAGGAGUUCUGAUCAAAAAGCCGAAGAAAGGUGAUCUCAGCAUGUAUGCUAACUAUAGGGGCAUCAUUCUUCUCUUAAUACCAGGAAACGUCUUCAACAGGGUAUUGUUAAACAGAAUGAAGGGUUCCGUAGAUGAACAACUUUGAGACCAACAGGCUGUAUUCUGUAGGGACCGAUCGUGUACAGACCAAAUUGCAACACUACGGAUCAUUGUGGAACAAUCAAUGGAAUGGAAUUCAUCACUCUACAUCAACUUCAUUGACUACGAAAAGGCAUCUGAUAGCGUGGACAGAACAACACUAUGGAAGCUUCUUCGACACUACAGAAUUCCUAUGAUGGACUAAACUGCAAAAUCGUGCAUGGAGGACAAUUGACAGACUCGUUCGAAGUGAAGACCAGUGUUAGGCAAGGUUGCUUACUCUCGACCUUUCUCUCUUUCUCCUGGUGAUCGACUGGAUCAUGAAGACGUCGACAUCUGAAGGAAAGCACGGGAUACAAUGGACAUCUAGGAUGCAGUUGGACGAUCUAGACUUCACAGAUGAUCUGGCCUCCUUAUCGCAAACGCAACAACUAAUACGGGAGAAGACGACUAGUGUAGCAGCAGUAGGCUUCAACAUACACGAAGGGAAAAGAAAGAUUUUGAAAUACGACACAGCAUGCAGAAAUCGAAUCGCACUUGACUUAGAAGAUUUGGAAGAUGUAAAAACCUUUACAUAUCUGGGCAGCAUCAUUGAUGAACACGGUGGACCUGAUGCAGACGUGAAGGAGCGAAUCGGCAAAGCAAGAGCAGUAUAUUUACUACUGAAGAACAACUGUCAACCAACACCAAGUUCAGAAUUUCCAACACAAAUGUCAAGACAGUUCUACUG